AUGAGCCCCAAGAAGGGCGAAACCGGUCAGUGGCGUCAACAGAAAGGUGGCCAACCCUUGACUUGGCAGAGGAGUAUGAAGGAGAUCACGAAACGCUUGAGUGCUGUCGGUGCUACUUGCCUUCCAGGAUUGGGACCGCGUGAUCCUCACUGUGUCUGUUUGGAGACACUACAAGAUAUGGCCGCCAAUCGAUAUCAGUGGCGUUCUUGUUGUCAGUUUCUAUCCAGAUCGCCUGGGCUUUCAACUAAAUCAUGGUUGUACGGCAGUAAAGCAUCGGUGUUGAGCACUGAUGUCAUGCUGUCGAUGAUGAUGAUGGUGAUCCCCACUGGUCACCCAGACCAUAUGGUAUAUAAGCUCAUCCCGGAGUCGGGUUGCGUCUCCAAGGCAUAG